UGAUAACACAAUCGUGUUAAGCAUAUUUGAAUUGUAACGAUAAGGCUCAAAAAACUCGUAUCCAGAGCCAUAUAAACAUUUACCAAAAAAAAUAUAGCUUUUUUGAAGUUUGAAACCUUGAAGUUUUGGACUCUGCAAUCGUUACUCGUUAGGCGUUAGUAAAUUUGAAUUUUGUUUACAAAGGGGCCAUCGUUUUAUUGGCAAACAUUUGUGCAGCAAUAAAAUAAUAAUGCCACCUACCGAUGCAGAAGUGCGUCGAGAAAUUGUAAAAGCAAAUCCACGAAAUGAUAAGACAAUGUUUAAAAUAUUUCAAAAUGUUCAAUAUAAUGUUGUUCAACAUAGGAAGUAUGUGAAAGAAAUGACGAAACUUUACAAAAAGACUGAAGCGGAUGACUUUAAGGAAAGCUUUAAAAAUGCAUUAUUUUACCUCUUUACUUUUGGAGAUACAAGUACAAAUGUAGAUCGUGUUAUUCAAUUUGUAGCAACAUUCUGUACAUUACUUGACGAUGAAGAGGAGUUUCUAAUGUUUAUAUUUGAUAUUAUUUUCGAAUGUCAGUGUGUAUCUGGUCAGUCAGUAAGAUACCGAGCAAGCCAGUUGCUGGCAGCCGUACUAGCUGCACUCGGUGAUGAAGCCUCUUUAGAUGAUGACCUCUGUGACAAGCUGUUACUUCAUCAGAUGCAACGUCUCCAAGAUACACGUGGUGCUGUCAGAUGUCGGGCAGCAUUAGCCCUCAAUAGGUUGCAAAACCCAAGUGAUCCAGAUGACGAGGUAACCAGGGGUUACCGAUUUCACAUGAGCUGUGACCCUAGCUCCUCUGUUAGAAGGGCUGUAGUGAUGUCAAUAGCAAAAUGCACUCGGAAUGUCCCCUUUGUAUUGGAGCGCCUCUGUGACGUUGAUGAAGCUGUAAGAAGAGCCGCAUUCCUAUACAUAGCGGCUAUGAAUGUAACACAAUUAAGAGUUAGACAGAGAGUUCUUACAUUGAAGGUUGGCCUCACUGAACGCAGCCCGCGAGUGCGUCGUGUGGUAGAAGAGAUUUUAAUACCCAGCUGGUUGAGUACCUUCCAAGGCAACAUCAUAGACUUUCUUAAAGCAAUACGUCUGGAUAAUUCACACGACGCGAAAGAUUCGCAAUACGUCGCAGAGAAGCUCUUGGAGUCGCUUUUCAAACGUCUACCGAUAUCAGAGCUUCUAGAAUGGCUGCCAACUGACAAGUCACUCCGAGUUAUCCCCGCUGACAAGUUGAACAAGGAAACAGUUUGGUACUGGCGCCACCUUGCGGAGCAUUUACAAAAGAAUGAUGAUGACGAGACCCUCGAGACUGUGCUACCUGAUCUAGUUGUACUGACUGGAUAUAUUAAAGCUAUAGUGGAAUCACCAUGUCCGAAUGAGGAGGCGGAUCCGGUGUCGUAUAGCACUCGUCAGUAUGUGCUUCACGAGCUGGCGAGAUUACUACGGACUUACGACGCCAGCGACCCCGCAGGUAGAGACGCCCUACAGACAUUGAUCACCGACACACUUACAGGUGACUACGGUCCUAUGAGCGGGGACGUGAUCCGCGCGUUUGUAUCAGCCCUGCAGUUGGUUUUGCCAGAUGUGACGAGUAGAGUGGAACUUGUAUGCAAUGUUCUGUCAACACUACGAGAACCACCGGAAAUGGAGGAGGAAGUGCCUCCGCCGACCUUGGACGAUACAGAGGCAAAAUUACAGAGAGCCAGAUUGCGAGUCUCCCUAAAUGUGGCGAUGGAAGCUCAAGAAGAAGCUGUUAGACAUGAAAACUAUACUCUUGCUGCUCAAUGCAAAGCUAAGGUUGCCGACAUUCAGAAAAAAUUGGAGGAAUUAACAUUUCAAACAAAACCAGAACAACCAUUAACUACAAUCAAGGAAAAGCAAUGUGAUGUGACAACAUUAAAUAAGUGUCUAAUAAUACUAAAUUCAUUACUGGACACACCACAACUGAACAAUGUAACACCGAUGUUAAAACUUAUGUUCAGUGAGCUAGAAGUUGAAAUAUUUUCCAAGCCCGAACUAUUGGACAAUGCUCUUGAAACGGUGGCACUAUUUGGCAUGCUGGAUAAAGAUUUUGCAAGAGAUCAUAAAUCAUUCUUCUUUGCUAAUUUAGUUGAUUCAACAAACGAACCAACAGUGUGUAAAGUGCUUAAGUGUAUAGUUGACCUGUUGUGUGUACACGGAGCUAAGGUUUUUGACGAUGGUACAGAAUCCAUCGAGGCUUCCAGGAACAGAUCUAAACAUUCCAUAAAUACAACUACUAUGGAUUUUGAUGAAUCUGUAUUGUCAUCAUCUCAAGCGCACAGCAACGUUAUUGAAUUACUCCUUAAGUUGAUGGAUAACGCCUGCCCAUCGUAUAGACUGAUAAUAGUAGAGGGUCUAUGUCGCCUGAUGUAUCUAGGACAUUUAGAAUCACCUUAUAUACUGAGCAGAUUGAUACUACUCUGGUUUAACCCAGUCUCAGCGGAAGAAGAUGUACUACGACAGACUAUAGGCAUUUUCUUCCAGACGUUCCCUAGUACUGUCGACGGUGCCCAAGAUCAAAUACAAAAAUCUAUGAUACCGACACUGCGUGCUCUUUGUUGUGCGCCGUCAAGCUCUCCGAUCUGUGAGAUCGACCAGGAGGCGGUUGUGAAGUUUUUUGUAUCACUAACAAAAGUCAGCUCGGAGUUGACGGACAGCCAGGGUGCUAUGGCGUUGACACUAUGCGAGUAUCUAGUUCGUAAACCGACGGGUCCCGCGUCUGCUCUACUUUGUCGGGCGCUGGCUCUUCUCUCACCGCCUAAAGACGUUCGCACAGCUGCUAAUCUGGCGACUAUGAUCAAAGAUCUCUGUCUGAAAUUACCAGAUAAACAAUCCUGCAGGAAUCUGACGCGUUAUCUCGGUGCCCUGGAGGCGUUGGAAAAGAGUAAUCUCAAUAAGAUGUCUAACAUAGGUGAAACAAUUGACAGUAUACAGUGUGAAGAUACAAUGAACAUGAUGGGACGUUCGGCCACCUCAUUACCUCAACCUUUAGCUCGUAGUACCCACGUGGUUGUUAAUGAGACUGUAGAAGAAGAACCAGAAAUUGAAGAAACUUCUUCGGGUGAAUCUCCAACCGACCCUAUCUCUAGGAUAUCUGAAGAAAACAAAAAUCAAACCGAAGACAUGACGGCCGCUGAGCAAACGGAGACGGAAGUUCCUGAAAAGGAGGACAGUGGAUCAGACAGCAGUUCUGUGUCGCCUGUAAAGAAAGCUAAAAUGAGCAAAGACAAGAAAAAGAACAUGACAUCAAAGAAUGAAAAAGAUUUGCGUAAACAAAGGCAACCGAGAAAUAAGAAGGACGCUAAAGAUAAAGUCAGAAAUGAAGAGGAUAAAGAGAAGGGAGUCAAGCGUAGUUCACGAUCCACAACAGCCGCAAUAAGAGCCGAAACUGAUAAGAAGUCUCAGGAGCAUGACUUACAAGAAUCACCACCAUCGGACGGUUCUAAUACGACGGUACGUAGAUCAAGCCGUGGCCUGCAAUCCGGGUCAAGCACCGAGUCGACCGGAUCAAAAGGGAAAAAGAAAGCCAGUCAGAUGGCCAGUAGCGAGCGCUCGUCCCCGAGUCACAGCAGCAAUGACAGCGCUCAAUUUGAUUCUGACACCACAGAACUACACACCAUCGUCUACGACGCACCAUUGGAACAAGAACUUCUGGAUGACUCAAUUGAGUUGAUGGACAGCAGACGAUCGUCCAGAAAUAACGUCACUAUUCCUGAAACUCCAGAGGCUAGUGAAGAGUCCGACUCUGAACUUGAAGUGGCCAUAAAAGGAAAGAGGAGAUGUAAGGGAAAAAAGAAUUAAAAUUCUUCUUAAUUAUAUUUAUUUUAUGACAAAAAAUACUGACCACAGCACUUUUUACAUACAUAUUUUUUUUAUUUACCAAGAUAUUGAUAAAAUUACACACAAAUUUUAUUUUGUGACCAAAAAAUAUAUAUCGAAAAACUUUUUAACAGCUAUUUCGUAAAAUCCCCAAUCGACAAAGAUAAAUAUAUUCUUUAAAGAAUUUAACGUGUUAUGUAUAUAAAUAACUUAUAACCUAAUUAAUUAAUAAACUAUUAACGGUGAUGAACGUUAUUCUUCGCGUGCCAGUCUUGGUGUGGAUAGUAGCCUUGAUUUUGCCACUGUUUCCAUCCUUUCCAUCGACCGUCCUGUUUUUUGUCUUCGUUGGCACCCUCUGAAUGGCUAAAAAAUGUGACACGAGUUAAACAAGAAAUCUUCAUAUAUUUUAACAUGUAAUUAAACCACGGUCUUUAGGCCUACGAAUUAAAUUCUAUAUCAAAACAACUAACUGGUUCUGCACAUCAUCAUAUGAUGAUCCGAAUCUGCUCUUGAGCUGGUGUCGUGUGAUGAUGAACUCGGCUCCUCGCUCACCGAUCAUCACCGCUGGUGCUGCCGUGUUCCCAGAAGGCACUUGAGGCAUUAUAGAUGAAUCCACAACUCGAAGACCUGGAAUA